AUGUGGAAGGGAGUUGUGCGCUUAGAUAGCUCCGGAGCAUCGCUCCAGGGUAAUGGGCGCCUAUUUUCGAACCACUUAGCCCGUAAAGCUUUUUUUCCCGCCGCUGUAACGUCUAUAUGUGAUCGUGUGUGUCAAUCAAGGGGUUAUAAGGCCUACUUCGGUCGUGACGCUUACAGAUGUUCCGGUGAUUACCGCGCUGUUGAAACCGAAAAGAGCAUCAAGGCUGGUCUAAACGGUUCCACUGGAACCACAUCUAACUGUAGGUUCAAUGCAACGGCUAAUAUAGCAUUUUGUAAUGGUUAUGGAUUUGGAAGCCUCUCGUCUGUUGCGUUAGGGCGGUUCACACCCUUCACGCCGCGAGGAAGUACGAAUGGCGGUUGUAUGCUGAGUAUUCUGCCCUAUUGGCAUGAAGCCAAAAGUUCAUUUUUGGCUACUGGCACUCAGAAUUUCGGUGCUAUGAAUGUCACCCGUCGAUGUUUUGGGGGUUCCAGAAAUAAUGGAAGUAGCUCACGCUCCAAGGAUAGUCAAUCAUCCUCCAAAGGUGGUAAUCUUACGAGUGUAAACAAAGGUUUUUCGUUGACACGUAGAGUAUUAGGGUUGUCGUUCCGUCUGAUUCGCUGGGCUAUUGUGAUGCCGUUUCGGUUGGGUAAAUGGACACUCCAAAUAAUAUCGCUGAUAUUCAAAUGUGUGGGACAAUUGAUGCGUAUUUGUGGUCGCGCAGUUGUUGUUGCGCGUGUUGGAGGUGUAUCUGGUAUGUUGAAGAGCAUUGUUGAUGGUAUAAAGCACACAAUACACUGGUGCAAAACCGGCUUUCGCCUUUACUUUGCAAAUGUCAAGGUUUCCUAUUACAUCCUCCUCAAGAGGCUGAAAGGUCAUCCUAUGCGCUACAAUGAACGCAAGUUGUUGAUGAACACCCUGAAUGAUGCGUUGAAGUUGGUGCCUUUCUCAUUUUUUCUUAUAGUGCCGUUUGCUGAAUUGCUAUUGCCAGUGGCUAUUAGGCUUUUCCCACAGAUGCUCCCGUCUACUUUUAGAACGGACAACUCUAAGAGCGACGACUACUUACAGAAGAAACUAUUGGCGAAAAAGGAACUUGCGCAGUUUUUCCAGGAACUGGUCCAGGAACGUACUAACCAGUUGUUGCAGGAGGAGUUGGACUCUUCGCUAAAGACCAAGAUGGAGGCACUUAAAGAUUUCCAAGAACGCAUCCUGAACAAGAAGGAUCGCGACAUCAACCCAUUUUUGAGCUCUAAUGAGUUGUUGGUGUUUGCUAAAAUUUUCAAGAAGGAGUUUAAACUAGAAAAAAUGAAUUUAGAGACUCUAAAGGUGAUGUGCAAAUUACUGGGCAUUACGCCAUUCAGUAUGCGUUCGCACGUCGUGUUGCAGCUGCGACAUCACCUGCUUAAAAUUCAGAGAGAGGACCGUCUAAUAAUGUGGGAGGGCGUGGAAAGCUUAACUACAGAAGAGCUGCAAGAGGCAUGCAGGGAUCGUGCUAUGAAGUUCUACAAUAUCAGCAAGGAACAAAUGCAACAGCAGCUUAAACAAUGGCUCGACCUUUCAAGCAUGCCUCAGAUAUCACCCAUACUUCUUCUAUGGAGUCGCUGUAUCACCAUGACUCACGAGCCCAUGGCUAUACAUGCCGACGACGUGGUCGCUGACGAAAAGGAAAACGUACCUGUAUCAGCCGAUGGUAUUAAUGAAACGCCUGCUGUUGUAGCCUUUGAAAUUGAUAAGCCGACAAAGGUAGGGGAGAAGUUCGCUGAGGAAGUGACAACGGCACAAAAGGCGUCUUCCACCCGUAUUAUGAAGGCGGUAACUGCAGCUGCUGAAGUGGACGCUCAGAAGCUUUUAGAUAGUGAAGAGCGGUUAGAAGAGCUUUCACUGAAGGCUAAAGAGCUGAAAGAUAUUAUAGAGGGGAAUGUACAGCCUCCUUUAGAUGAAGCUCUUAUCGAUGGUUCUGCCUCGUUGGGUGAUCCUGUUUGUGGCGAUUUGGUAAAUCGCGAUGCAGCAGAAGAUGCAUUUAUUCAUUUUGAACAUGAUGACCAUGUUGUAAGGCACACAAAGGAAAUAAGCCAGCUCAGUGCACUCGGUAAAAGGGAGAUUCUCAUGAGACACGAAGAGCUACUUUCUGCGCUGCAUCUUCAGAGUCAGAUUAGCGAUUUACAACAUCACCAGCUGGCUGAGAUGUUCACCUUUUUAUUGAAGGUAUCUGAGGAUUUGAACUCCCUGAGUGAUGCUGAAUUCAAGAAAAACGUAAAUGAUGUAGUUGCUGCUGCCCGGCUGGAUAUGGAAAAGAUUGAAGAGCUUACGUCCCAGUUCAACAGACACAACUUGACGUAUGCAUCACAAAUACCUGUGUCGAAUAUUUAA